CAAUGUCCCAAUAAAGAGAAAAUUAGAAAAAGAGUGAGAGUGAGAGAGAGAGAGAGAGAGAGAGAGAGAGAGAGAGAGUGUGUUUCUUACUCAUUUUAACUGGCAUUUUCUUCUCAGCGUCUCCUCUUUCUUUCUGUGUCUCUCUCUAAUUCUUUUUUAAUAAAAAAAAAAAAGAAAAAAAUAAAAGAAAAACAUAAAUAUGAAAUGGGGUUUUAAUUUUAAAGCCAUUUUGGAUCCAAAACAUCCUCACAAAAUCGGUUCUUGGCCUGACCUAAUUCCGUCAUUAACGGUCACUUCACCACCUCUUCCUCUCUGACUGACUUUUUCUUUCUUCAACCCACUGGUUAUUUUUUUAUUAUUAUUUUCUAUUUGUAAGCACCACCAAACUAUCUCAAGCUUUGUUCUUUUCUACUUUUCUCUUUGUUGGUUGUCAAUUUCCAUGGUGGGUUUUUGAUCAAAUUCGAGUAGAAAGGAGAUCUUCAGCUUGUUUCGGUUUCUGAUUGUGUUUAUGCCAAGUCUCUGAUCCGUACGUUUGGUGGUACGGAUUUUUUUUUUAUUUUUUUGGGUUUUUAAUAGGGACUUGGAGAUGUUGACGUGUAUAGCGCGCUCGAAGCAGCUCAACAAUGGAUCUCUGCCCCACCAAGAAGAUGAAGAUGGAGUCGUCGGCACUCCCAAGACUAAGCAAGCCAUCAAGACUCUCACUGCUCAGAUUAAAGACAUGGCAUUGAAGGCCUCGGGAGUCUAUAAGAACUGCAAACCGUGCUCGGGAUCAUCGAAUGAUAAUCGGAAUCGGAAUUUCUCGGAAUCCGAUGCCGCGUCGGACUCGGCGAGGUUCCACUGUGUGUACCGGCGAACAGGGAGCUCAAACUCCACGCCGAGGGUGUGGGGAAAGGAAAUGGAAGCGAGAUUAAAAGCGCUUUCAAGUGGGGAAGGAACACCAGCUUCGGUGAGCGGAAGAACCGAGUCGGUUGUGUUCAUGGAAGAAGAUGAGCCAAAAGAAUGGGUUGCUCAAGUGGAGCCUGGUGUGCUCAUUACCUUUAUUUCAUUGCCUCAGGGUGGGAAUGAUCUCAAGCGGAUUCGUUUCAGCCGUGAACUAUUUAAUAAAUGGCAAGCUCAAAGGUGGUGGGCAGAAAAUUAUGACAAGGUCAUGGAAUUAUACAAUGUUCAGAGGUUCAAUCGCCAAGCAGUCCCUCUUCCAACCCCACCUAGAUCUGAAGAUGAGAGCCCAAAGAUAGAAUCUGCUAGAGACAGCCCUGCAACUCCUCCUCUGAGCAAAGAGCGCCUACCCCGCAACUUCCGCCCAAUGGGGAUGGGCUACUCUUCUUCAGAUUCACUUGACCAGCACCCAAUGCAAUCCCGUAAUUACUAUGAUGCAGGGGGUCUAGCUUCAACCCCUAAACUAUCUAGCAUUAGUGGGGUGAAGACUGAGACAUCAUCAGUUGAUGGUUCUGUAAGGACUAGUUCAUCAAGGGAUGCAGAUCGUUCAGGAGAGCUUUCAAUCAGUAAUGCCAGUGACAUGGAGACUGAAUGGGUUGAACAGGAUGAACCAGGAGUCUACAUCACUAUCAGAGCACUGCCAGGCGGUGCUCGGGAGCUUAGACGUGUCAGAUUCAGCCGAGAAAGGUUCGGGGAAAUGCAUGCAAGGUUGUGGUGGGAAGAGAAUAAAGCCAGGAUACAAGAACAAUACUUGUGAAUGGGCGUAUCUUCGUGAUAAUGGAGCUCAAAUUAUGCUUCCUCUUCACAUGUGAAUGUUAAGACAACAAAGCAAUCAUAGAUCAACUCUGAUCACCUUACUUCUGGUUAAAUAUAUCUUUUGAGAAUUGUGGAUUUUUUUUUCCCCCUUUGUUCUUUUCCUUUAUUGGUGGAUAAUAUGUAAGUGUUGGUUUCUGUGGAGUGGGUGCGGGAAAAAUGAAGUCAAGAUGCUGGAAAUGUUAACCGGUGACAAAUGAAAUUUAAUUUUAUAGCGACAAACUCGUCUCUCUUUAUUCUUAA